AUGGUGUGGGCGGCGGUGUGGCUGGCGGUGCUGGCGGUGGUGGCCGAGACGGCGAUGGGUGGGACGGUGACGGCCGAGCAGCCGUUCAAUGUCAAGCCUAAUGGGCGGCUGGAGUUUGUGGCAGUGGAGGUCGGCGGUGGGACGGGGCUGGCGUGCGUGUUCGAGUACGCGGCGGUGGGCGGGACGAACGAGGACUGGCUGGCGGUGGCCGAGGUCGGCGAGCCGGGCUCCGACGGUCAGCCAAGCGUGACGUGCACCUUUGCCCGGCCAGACACGGCGUCGUAUCUGUUCUUCAACUCGUUUGCGGCGCGCAUGGUCGACGACGACGGCAACGUUGUCGCGGCUUCGCACGCCGAGUUGUGGGAUAACUCGGGCAUGCUCCUCGAGGGAGAGGCCUACGUGCUCGACGCCGCCGGCGCCCUCGAGAAGGGUCCGGCCUUUGACGGCCUCGUCACCCGAGUUGCGCUCUCGCGGCUGGAAUGA